GUCAAUCUUUGGGAAAAGCCUUGAUCAAUAGUAGUACGAGAUGGUCAACAAUAGUGUAGCUGAGGCUGCAUACGAGGAGGCUGCUACGUCGGUUUGGUGGGACAUUGAAAACUGUCCAAUUCCAAAGGGUUGUAAACCUGAGGGGAUCGUUGAGAAAAUAAGGUCGGCCUUGAAUAAGUUGAACUAUCGUGGUAACAUCUCCAUAUUUGCAUAUGGCAACAUGGAUCAUAUCCCUCCUUCUGUCAAGCAAGCUCUCUCUUCCACUGGGAUCACUCUUAAUCACGUCAACUCCAGUUCUGAAAGAGGAGAAGUUAGUAUGGAUAUUUUCAACGGUGUGUCGAUUCAGGGGAUGGGUUAUAAUAAGAAGCCUCCGGCUAAUAUUAUGUUCAUCUGCCGUGACUACACAAAUCUAAUGUACUUCUGCAGUGACGAAAGGAGGCAGAGGGGAUAUAACUUUCUUGUGGCACAUCCUCAACAUCCUUCAGACUCUUUGGUUGCUUCAGUAAAGACCACAUGGCUCUGGAGAAGCAUAUUGGAAGAACCUGAUUUAUAAACCAGCCGAACUUUCA